ACCGCUGUCGACUGACACAAGGUCGAUCGCCUCUCCCUAGAGAAUAUAUUCACUGCUCUGCAUUGGCCAGAGGAGCCAAUCGGAACUACACGGUGCAGCUAAAUUUCCCCCUACUCACUCGCUCGGGCACAUUGUGCUCGACGAAAGCGGGAACAAGGCGCUUAUCAGACUCUUCACGAUGUCGCACGAGAACUUACUGACUAGGUGCUACGCUAUUAGGAGCGCCAAGGAGCAAUGCUUUGGACUAUUCUGCGGCGGUUUGGCUACGAAGAUACUUACAACGAUUCACUCAAGGCGGAUACCACUGAGGGGACCAAGCUCAAGAAUUUUAUGACGCUCGAAGAGGCCAUUCAUGAUGCCUUCGACGACAUGGAGCUUUGGUACGAGACAGUCCCGAGUGAGGCGAAUUGUUAUCGGGACAAUCUUGCGCUGCCUUCAACACAUCAAGGUUUAGGUGUCCCCGAGAGGAGUACAAUACCUUGCCCAUAGCGGUAGCACC